UUCACAAUGUUUUUCUCCAGUGCGGCGACGUGUUCCCGGGCUUCCGUAUGUUCCAGCGUCACUUCGCGGACCAACACCCGGGCGAGCCGCGUGGUUUCUACCCGGAACGACGCGAAUUCGUGUGCGACCAGUGCGGGAAGAUGUUCUGGAGUCUAUCAGUGCUCAACGACCACAACCAAACGCACUGCGGUCUCGAACCGUACAAGUGCGACAAGUGCGGCAAAACAUUUUCCAUGAAGAGCACUCUACAUCGACAUAUGAGCACGCACAAGCCGGCGCCGGAAUGUAACCUGUGCGGGAAACAGUUCGCGGCUGUUUAUAAUUUGAAGAGGCAUAUACUGAUCCACAUGAACGCCAAACCGUACGCUUGUGAGCCCUGCAAUAAGCGUUUCUGCACUCCUUCUGAGAAGAAAGCGCACAUCGCUCACUGUCACUUGGGCGUUCCGUACCCGAAGAAACGGACCAAGCAUGAGAGGAUGCUCAGGGUAUGUAUUAGCCACUGUGGCUAUCUCUAGUCCACUUUAGUUGCAUAAUCUAGUCACAGAGCCACUAGUGGCUAUCUCUAGUCACAGAACCACUAGUGGUUAUCUCUAGUCACAGAGCCACUAGUGGUUAUCUCUAGUCACAGAGCCACUAGUGGUUAUCUCUAGUCACAGAGCCAUUAGUGG